AAGUAUAAAACAGGCACAUUGCUUUAAUUGCGUCUAAAUCUCAUAGAAAACUUCAAACCUUUAAGUGAGAGAUUGUUUAAAUUCUUAGUAUAAAUUUCAUAUUAAUACAAAUAUUUUUUUGUGUAAUUGUUCUUAUUGGCCUAAUUUUCAAACAUAGAAUUAUUGCCUACACUAAUAUAAAGUCAAUCUCAUAAAGACAUGAGUGGAGAAAGGAAGGUAGUGUGCGUGACUGGAGCUUCGGGAUUCAUAGCAUCAUGGCUUGUAAAGCUUCUCCUCGAUCGUGGGUACACCGUUAAAGCCACCAUUCGUGACCCAAAUGAUCCGAAAGAAACAGAGCACUUACUCGCCCUCAAUGGAGCUAAGGAAAGACUUCAUUUAUUCAAAGCAGAGUUAUUAGAUGAAGGGAGUUUUGAUUGUGUAGUGGAUGGGUGUGAUGGUGUUUUUCACACAGCUUCCCCCGUGUUUUUUGAUCAUCCUGAUUACCAGGCGGAAUUAAUAGAUGCAGCGGUGAAGGGAACACUUAAUGUUCUCAAGUCAUGUGCAAAAGUUGCAUCAACAAAGAGAGUAGUUCUGACAUCUUCGACGGCUGCAGUUUUAAUCAAUGAAAAACCACUCACUCCGGACGUGGUAGUUGAUGAGACUUGGUUUUCUGAUCCAGCUUUCUGUGAGAAAGCUAAGCUUUGGUAUGUCCUUUCAAAGACAUUAGCUGAAGAGGCUGCUUGGAAGUUUGCAAAGGAGAACAGGCUUGAUUUGAUUACAAUAAAUCCAGUAUUUGUGAUUGGUCCUAUUCUACAGCCAACCCUUAAUCUCACUGUGGAGCUCAUCUUGAACAUCGUCACUGGACGGGAACUCCCAUCAUAUGGUGCAUUUGUGGAUGUUCGAGAUGUUGCACAUGCUCAUAUUCAAGCAUUUGAGAUUCCUUCAGCUACUGGCAGAUAUUGCAUGGUUGAAAGCACCAUAGAUGUUACUGAGUUGUGGAAGAUCUUGCAUCGACUUUUCCCUGUGUUCCACCUCAAUGAAAAAUUUGAGGAUAAGCCUAUUCAAGAAGUGUUCCAAAUAUCCAAAGAGAAAAUUAAGAGCUUGGGUGUCAACUUCAUUCCUUUGGAGGAGAGUCUCAAGGACACUAUUGAAUGCUUGAAGGAGAAGGGUUUCAUUAGCUUUUAAAUCUCCACUAUUGACUUUGCUGCUAUCAACUUCCCUUUUUCCCCGUUCAUUCAGUAUUUAUUAGUUUUUCAAUAAAAAUCAUGUGGAUGUACCAAGAAAAUGGAUAUUAUUCUCAAACAAACCCAAAGAGAAAUACGCUAGCUAUUUCUCAAGCAUCUGUUUAUAUGGGGAAUACGCUUGCUCAUAUUUUUUAGUGUUAUAUUGUUGGAAAAUAAUAGCCUGAAACCAAG